AUGGUCUUAGUGACUCGCUCGCCAGCAUUGCAUGAUGGGGACAUUCAAUUUGCACAGAACGUUAUUCCCCCUGACAACCACCCGUUGGCAGAGCUUACGAAUUCCAUUGUGUUCAGUAGCAAGGGGUAUCGCGACCUACCUAGUCAGCUCAGCGGGGGGGAUCUCGACGGCGAUAUAUUCAACGUCAUUUGGGAUACCGAUGCGUAUCCGGUGCGGACAUUUGCGCCCGCGGAUUAUCCUCGCGUAAGCCCAGUCGACAUCGGGCGUCCAGUGGAGCGCGACGAUAUGGCACAGUUCUUCCUUGACUUUAUGAAAACUGACCAUCUUGGGGUGAUCGCCACAAGGCAUAUGAUCAUGGCUGACCAGGAAGCUGAGGGAACAUCCCAUCCGGUCUGCAGAAAGCUGGCACAGUUGCACUCUACGGCGGUUGACUUUUCUAAGACGGGUAUUCCGGUCCAAAUGUCGGAAAUCCCUAAGGGAAAGCCUUUCAGACCUGACUUGUACCCGUUCCACAAGUACUACAGAUCAGAAAAAAUAUUGGGCAAGCUCUACAGGGGUGUAGAUGAACGACAGAUCUGGCAAGAAGACAUCCAGAGCAAAGUGCAGCCCAACGAAGACGAAUUCUGGAACGAAUUUCUAUGGUCUACACUUGAGCGCUGUGACAAAAUAGGAAAUCUGUCAUGGGAACUCUGGCUAGACGAAGCCCGGCACAUUCGCCUGAGAUACGAAGAGGCCGUAUUCUCGGCAAGAAACAAUUACUCCGAGCACCCUAUAGACCCACUGAGUGAACUAGAGGUCUUUAUUGGGUCCGUCAUGAACAAAGGUGUACAGACCCGUCGGCAGCGUGAUCAAUCUAACAAACUCGCCGAUGAAUUCGAUCGCAUCUCUACUUGGAUUGUGGGUCAGAUGCGCGCAGGGAGCUCGUCCGAGUCACCAAUAACCAGUGUGUCGGAUCAACUCAAACCUCUGGAGUUUUGUCUCGCCUGCAUCCAUGUCGGUGGUGAGAGCAACAAGGAUCCCGCGCGCCGUCGUAGGGAAGUGUACGGUGAGAUUAAAAGCUUCCGGGUGGUUGCAGCGUGUGCUUUGCUGUUUGAGCUUGACCUCAUCGAAAAGGGGAGAAAGCGAAAGUUCUAA